CUUGACAGGUCUUUGUCGUUUAACUUCAUUACCUCCUUACCCGAAAGAGUGUUUGUGGACCUUACAAACCUUCAGUUCCUGUAAGAAAACAUAAAGGGAACAAAUAUAACAUUGAACGUUUCCUCCGGUUUAACGUUGUUAUACUGCAUUUGCAUUUGGAAAUAUCCUAGCCCCUCUCAACAAUCACAUGCUAAACAAAAGGAAAUUACUUGACGCGUUCACGUUGUUUCUUGCGACAGAAGUGGGAAAAAGUUGAAGAGGACGUAAAUAUGAAUCACUUAGACAUUUCUGAAAAGUUCCAAUCCUUAUAAAGUUUCUUAAAAUCACAUUGCUUCUCUCUUGAUGUUGAGUUCUAUAAGCGCCAUCGACAUAAUACAAUAUCAGCAAUGACGUGGGCGUAAAGAUAGUGAAUUGUCAGUCAUUGCGACGAAGAUUGUGCAUCAUUUUCCUUACCCGUAAUAUUGGCCAUGUUCUUCCACAGGCAUUUGCAGUCGAAUUCUAUCAGCUCGUUACCAGAAAGGAUAUUUGUCAAUCUAAGAAAUCUAAUAUUUCUGUAAGUUAGAGCGAACCUACCAACUAAGAUUACUAUGGGAUGAUAUAAAAAUUUUGAAAAGUGACCCACAUGGAGUUGUUAGAAAGACAUCCAUACGUUUAAUAAUGCAGAUAAUAACACUAUAGACCAAUUUAGCUUGUCUGUCAAUUUCGGGCCCGAAGGCAAUUCCCAGCUUUAUAUUCUGUAAAUUCUGCGUACAUAUGCACUUAAAUAAGAGGGAUAUUUAGAAGAAACAUCUCUUUAAUGGUGCUCUCUCUCUACGAUGAGCAAAACUUAUGAGCUGAAACAGUCUAUCACCUGCAACAUGAUCUUUUCAACUUAUGGAGGCUAUUCUUGUCAAAAUUAAGAACUACUAGGGUAUCGAGCAAAAACUUCGAAUCGUAGCAAAGUAAUAAGUGGUAAUCACUUGAAAAAAGUGACAUAAGGGAGUAAGCAAAAGAAGAAACUUCAUAGAACAUUUUUAUAAGGCUGUCAAGGCUGUUAAUCGUGAUUGGAUUUACUCUGGUACCUGACUGGUUGAAAAAUUCUAAUGUGAGCGACAGCAAAACAAAACCGAUGCAAUGGUGGAUUGCCUCCAGCGCUUAAUUGAACGUCACCCCAGGGAUUUUAUAAGAAGACGAAAUAAUACUAGUCGUUGUAUUCAUCAUACGAACAUUCCCUAUUCAUGGAAGAAAAAACGGCGGAUGGGACGAUAAUCAAAUUGAGUCGACCUUAUGCAAAUACGGAAUUAUCAAAGUUUAAAAAAAACUGAUCGUCAACGCGGGUUUGUCUCUCAAACAAACCCUUUGUGACUCAGGAAAGCGAACUAAGGAUGAAAAAAAUCUUGCUUUAAUGCGGCAUGUUCUUCACAGGGAUUUGUCCUCGAACUCUUUGACUUCCUUACCUGAAAUGUUGUUUGCCAACCUAUUGAACCUGCAAGGAUUGUAAGUUACGAUAAUAACUAGACUUGAAGUGGGUUGCUUUUAUAGGCUGCUGUUUGUGGACCUUUGUGUUCAUUUACGAAGUCAUGGCUGAACUUAGGUCCACGUAGAAUCCCAUGGCAAGUUAAAGUUACAUCCUCGAAUAUUAUUUUAGAAUAAAUUUUUUAUGUCUUCUUUUUCUUUCCUCUUGAUAAAAAUUUAAUGGAAUUGUGAAUACUGUUUAGCUCGGCCUAUUUAAUUAUAAAUGGAAUUAUCUCUAUUAGUACACAAAGAGUAUAUCACUUUAUUUGUCUAAAAGGUCCUCGUGUCUGUUUCCUUGACAGGUCUUUGUCGUUUAACUUCAUUACCUCCUUACCCGAAAGAGUGUUCGUGGGCCUUACAAGCCUUCAGUUCCUGUAAGAAAACUCAAAGGGAACAAAUAUGACAUUGAACGGUUAUUUCGGUUUAACGUUGUCAUGCUGCAUUUGCAUUUGGAAAUAUCCUAGCUCCUCUCAACAAUCACAUGCUUAACAAAAGGCAAUUACUUGACGCGUUCACGUUGUUUUCUGCGAUAUAAGUGGGAAAAAGUUGAAGAGGACGUAAAUAUGAAUCACUUAGACAUUUCUGAAAAGUUCCAAUCCUUAUAAAGUUUCUUAAAAUCACAUUGCUUCUCUCGCGAUGUUGAGUUCUAUUAGCACCAUCUAUUACGACAUUAGUAAUGACGUGGGCGUAAUGAUGGUGAAUUGUCAGUCAUUGCGACGAAGAAUGUGUAUCAUUUUCCUUACCCAUAAUAUUGGUCAUGUUCUUCCACAGGCAUUUGCGGUCGAAUUCUAUCAGCUCGUUACCAGAGAGGAUAUUUGUCAAUCUAAGAAAUCUAAAUUUUCUGUAAGUUAGAGCAAACGUAUCAACUAAGAUUACCAUGGGAUAAUAUGAAAAUUUUGGAGUUGUUAGAAAGGCAUCCAUACGUUUAAUAAUGCAGAUAAUAACUCUAUAGACCAAUUUAGCUUGUCUGUUCAUUUCAGGUCUAAAGGCAAUUCCAACCUUUAUCUUCUGCAAAUUCUGCGUACAUAUGCACGUCGAUAAGAGGCAUAUUUGGAAGAAACAGCUCCCUAAUGGUGCUCUCUCUUUGAUGAACAAAACCUAUGAGCUGAAACGGUCUAUCACCUGCAACAUGAUCUUUUCAACUCAUAAAAGCUGUUCUUGUCAAAAUUAAGAACUACUAGGAUAUUGGCGAAAGCUUAGAAUUGUAGCAAAAUAAUUAGUGUUUAUCACUAAAAACGGGAAAUAAUGGAUUAAACAAAAGAAGAAACUUCAUAGAACAUUUUCAUAAGGCUGUUAAAGCUGUAAAUCGUGAUUGGAUUUACUCUGGUACCUGACUGGUUAAAAAUUCCAAUUUGAGCGACAGCAAAACAAAACCGAUGCAAUGGUGGAUUGUCUCCAGCGCUUGAUUGAAUGUCACUCUAAGAAUUUUAUAAGAAGAUGAAAUAACAGUAGUAGUUGCAUCCAUCAUACAAACGUUUUUGCUUUAUGGAAGAAAAAACGAUGGAAUGGACGAUAAUCCAAUCGAGUCGACCUUAUGCAAAUACGGAACUGUCAAUGUUUAAACGCCGGAUUGUCUCCCAAUAAAACCCUCUGUGAUUCAAGAAAGCGAACUAGGGAUGAAAAAAAUCAAUACAUAUGCUUUAACGUAGCAUGUUCUUCACAGGGAUUUGUCCUCGAACUCUUUGACUUCCUUACCUGAAAUGUUGUUUGCCGACGUCUUGAAGCUGCAAGAGUUGUAAGUUACAAUAAUAAUUACAUUUAAGUGUGGAAUGCUUUUAAAAGCUACUGUUUGUGUUCAUUUUCGUAGUCAUGGGUUGUAUCCCUUGGCAAGUUAAUUUAGUCGGCGAUUUCGUUGCACCUGAAUAAAGAAACGGUUACCAAUAACCUCUCACUAUGCUUUUACAGUUUUACUUAACAAUUCACUUUUCUACAGGAGAUAUAUCCUUGAAUAUUAUCUUAGAAUAAUUUUUUAAGGCCUUAUUUUUACUGUUCUUUUGAUGAAAACUUUAUGGAAUUGUGAAUACUAUUCAGCUCAAUCUAUUUAAUUAUGAAUGAAGUUAUCUCUAUUAGAACACAAAGAGUGUAAAAUUUUAUUUGUCUAAAAAUUCCUCGUGUCUGUUUCCUUGACAGGUCUUUGUCGUUUAACUUCAUUACCUCCUUUCCCGAAAGAGUGUUUGUGGACCUUACAAACCUUCAGUUCCUGUAAGAAAACAUAAAGGGAACAAAUAUAACAUUGAACGUUUCCUCCGGUUUAACGUUGUUAUACUGCAUUUGCAUUUGGAAAUAUCCUAGCCCCUCUCAACAAUCACAUGCUAAACAAAAGGAAAUUACUUGACGCGUUCACGUUGUUUCUUGCGAUAGAAGUGGGAAAAAGUUGAAGAGGACGUAAAUAUGAAUCACUUAGACAUUUCUGAAAAGUUCCAAUCCUUAUAAAGUUUCUUAAAAUCACAUUGCUUCUCUCUUGAUGUUGAGUUCUAUAAGCGCCAUCGACAUAAUACAAUAUCAGCAAUGACGUGGGCGUAAAGAUAGUGAAUUGUCAGUCAUUGCGACGAAGAUUGUGCAUCAUUUUCCUUACCCGUAACAUUGGCCAUGUUCUUCCACAGGCAUUUGCAGUCGAAUUCUAUCAGCUCGUUACCAGAAAGGAUAUUUGUCAAUCUAAGAAAUCUAAUAUUUCUGUAAGUUAGAGCGAACCUACCAACUAAGAUUACUAUGGGAUGAUAUAAAAAUUUUGAAAAGUGACCCACAUGGAGUUGUUAGAAAGACAUCCAUACGUUUAAUAAUGCAGAUAAUAACACUAUAGACCAAUUUAGCUUGUCUGUCAAUUUCGGGUCCGAAGGCAAUUCCCAGCUUUAUAUUCUGUAAAUUCUGCGUACAUAUGCACUUAAAUAAGAGGGAUAUUUAGAAGAAACAGCUCUUUAAUGGUGCUCUCUCUCUAUGAUGAGCAAAACUUAUGAGCUGAAACAGUCUAUCACCUGCAACAUGAUCUUUUCAACUUAUGGAGGCUAUUCUUGUCAAAAUUAAGAACUACUAGGGUAUCGAGCAAAAACUUCGAAUCGUAGCAAAGUAAUAAGUGGUAAUCACUUGAAAAAAGUGACAUAAGGGAGUAAGCAAAAGAAGAAACUUCAUAGAACAUUUUUAUAAGGCUGUCAAGGCUGUUAAUCGUGAUUGGAUUUACUCUGGUACCUGACUGGUUGAAAAAUUCUAAUGUGAGCGACAGCAAAACAAAACCGAUGCAAUGGUGGAUUGCCUCCAGCGCUUAAUUGAACGUCACCCCAGGGAUUUUAUAAGAAGACGAAAUAAUACUAGUCGUUGUAUUCAUCAUACGAACAUUCCCUAUUCAUGGAAGAAAAAACGGCGGAUAGGACGACAAUCAAAUUGAGUCGACCUUAUGCAAAUACGGAAUUAUCAAAGUUUAAAAAAACUGAUCGUCAACGCGGGUUUGUCUCUCAAACAAACCCUUUGUGACUCAGGAAAGCGAACUAAGGAUGAAAAAAAUCUUGCUUUAAUGCGGCAUGUUCUUCACAGGGAUUUGUCCUCGAACUCUUUGACUUCCUUACCUGAAAUGUUGUUUGCCAACCUAUUGAACCUGCAAGGAUUGUAAGUUACAAUAAUAACUAGACUUGAAGUGGGUUGCUUUUAUAGGCUGCUGUUUGUGGACCUUUGUGUUCAUUUACGAAGUCAUGGCUGAACUUAGGUCCACGUAGAAUCCCAUGGCAAGUUAAAGUUACAUCCUCGAAUAUUAUUUUAGAAUAAAUUUUUUAUGUCUUCUGUUUCUUUUCUCUUGAUAAAAAUUUCAUGGAAUUGUGAAUACUGUUUAGCUCGGCCUAUUUAAUUAUAAACGGAAUUAUCUUUUUUAGUACUCAAAGAGCAUAUAACUUUAUUUGUCUAAAAAGUCCUCGUGUCUGUUUCCUUGACAGGUCUUUGUCGUUUAACUUCAUUACCUCCUUACCCGAAAGAGUGUUUGUGGACCUUACAAGCCUUCAGUUCUUGUAAGAAAACUCAAAGGGAAUAAAUAUAACAUUGAACGGUUAUCUCGGUUUAACGUUAUCAUGCUGCAUUUGCAUUUGGAAAUAUCUUAGCCCCUCUCAACAAUCACAUGCUAAACAAAAGGAAGUUACUUGAUGCUUUCAUGUUGUUUGCUACGCUAGAAGUGGGAAAAAGGUGAAGAGGACGUUAAUUUGAAUCACUUAAACAUUUCUGAAAAGUUCCAAUCCUUAUAAAGUUUCUUAAAAUCACAUUGCUUCUCUCUCGAUGUUGAGUUCUAUUAGCGCCAUCUACCUAUUACAUAUUAGUGGUUUAGCAAGAGAACGGGAACGUCAGUUCAGAACGGGAAAGCGCGCGGAUAAUCUGGACACGACUCUAUUUCGACUUCCGGUGUUAGCGUUGCCUUUCUCUCCAUUAAGUUCAGAACGUCAUUUCGCUGGUUUUCCCGUCGUGAUCAAAACGCGUAGGAUUUGCGUUAAUUGUGCAAUUGUAAACGAGAUAAUGCUGUUUGGAAUGAUUUCAGAACUCGUUUCCAAGAUAACCAGGUCCCUGUCUUUAUUUUAUUCGGUGAAUUUGUGAAAAUUUACCGCUACAUUUAUUCUGGAUUCCCGAAAGGAAACACGAUCGUUAGCAAGCGAUCCAAGAUUUUAGGGCUCAGUUACCUUUUGUAAUUCAGCGUGGCUUUAACAACGCAAGGGCUUUUCUUUUGAUACAUUUCUUAAACCAUGUAUAAAACCUCUAAGAAUAGGUGCUGUUAAUUUUAUCGUGAAUUAAUUCAUCAUUAAAUUAAACUUGCCUCAUGUUGAAGUUUAUCAAAAUGAAACAACACGAAGGUUAUCUUCCGUAUUAUCCAGUGUUAUUUGUUGUCGUUUUAACCGUGAUGAAAAAGUGAUCUGAGAACUGAAGUCAGAGAUGAAAAAAUUGAGAAUAACUCGGGUUUGCACUUUUUUAUGUCUUUAAUUUUUGAUCAGCGCCGAUGAAAACUAAGACAAAAAAGUCAUGCUAUCGCUACGAAAGAAAAUGACAAUCAACUUGAUUUCGGCAGGGCUUUCUAAAUCUAUUAAUUUGAUUCAGUCUUGAACGACUUUAUUCGUUAAAAAAAUUAAAUUAAACAAAAAAAAAAAAACAAAUAAAACAAGAACGAAGUCUUAUUCCUCAGUCUAACCGUUUCGUUGGUGAGUAGUUUGAGUGCAUUUCGUUCGUUCAUGGUUAAACGGGAACUCAUUGUAAACAACUCUAUCGUUGGGUCGCUUGAUCUCUACAUGUUUUCGUCAUAACUCCUGAUAACUCCAUUCAAAAUGCAUUGCAACUCUAAGAAGGUGGUGCUCAAAAGAGAUGUACUGUCAUGAUUGAGAAGAAUAUUCAGUAAACAGUGGAAAAAACUGUGACGAUUUCAAUUCCAAAUCAUACUUUACAAAAUUAUGAAGAAAAACGAGUAGUGCUGAAAUCUAGAAGCACGAAACGAAAUGACAGCGAUAUAAAUCAUAAAAAAAAAUAUUUAGUGGGCUUCAAAAUUUGAUAGAUGAAUGUGCAGACUCGAGACUUAACUGGAAUGGAAUAAUUUCAAAGUUUAAUCGCCCAUGUGGAUUCAUAUUAACAACAAACUAUCCUCUGUUUGCGCUUGUUACACUCUCAAAGAGGAUAAUUUCGUUGUCCUUCAAGUGGUCUGUGAAACCAAAAAUUCCAAGCUGAUAGUGAUCUUAAAGAGCCGAGGUCAGGAUAUUCAAGAACAAAUGUAACGUCGACGGUUCGUUGCAAAGACUGCUGAGUCACUUUUCAACACAACGCGACGGCGUAUUCGACCAAGUUUCUUAUCGGCAUUUUUGCUGCGCGCGCCGUUCUCAAAUGACGUUCCCGUCCUCUUGCUAAACCAAUCUAUUCUAAUAUCAGCAAUGACGGGGUUGUAGAGAUGGUGAAUUGUUAGUCAUUGUGACGGAGAUUGGGCAUUAUUUUCUUUGUAUUGUUAUAAGAUGGGUCAUGUUCUUCCACAGGCAUUUGCAGUCGAAUUCUAUCAACUCGUUACCCGAAAGGAUAUUUGUCAAUCUGAGAAAUCUAAAUCUUCUGUAAGUUAGAGCAAACAUACCAACUAAGGUUACUGUGGGAUUAGAUGAAAAUUAAAAAAAAAAAAGAGUUUUCCAAAAGCCUUGCAACAACAAGUGCACUUAUUUUCAGCAACGAGGAGAUGCUCUCCUGAAAAAAAUAAUAUUUACAAGGAUUUUAUCAAUACCUAUCAAACUCGUUUGAUACAAAUGUUAUUAUAGAGCGCGAGGUAGUAAGACGUUUCUAGUCAUCUUGGAAAAUCUUUGUAUCUUAGCGUUGCAUUUUCUCAAAGCCAUUUGUGUCCCUUAUAAUGAUAUUUUCUCUUACUAGCGUUCUCUCCAUGAAAGAGCUGGUUAAACGACUAAUAGAUGCGACAGAACCUGUUUUUUAAAACCAUUUCUGUAAUUAUUUUUUCGCCUUUUGUUUUGUUCUCCUCAGGCAUUUUUCUUCGAACUCAAUUACUUCUCUACCUGAAACAGUUUUUGCCAAUUUAACAAAACUGCAACAUCUGUGA